GCCUCGCCCAGGAACUUCAUCAAGGCCGGCUCCCCUUCGAGCGACGAGGACAAUUCCUCAGUCGUUCCGGAAUCCCGUGGGGACGAGAUGGGCGCGGAUUCAACGGCGCCUGCGUCAGCGCACCCCCCAGAAAUCCAGCAGGACGCGGCCCCUCAGCCGCCGAGCGGCUUUUACCCUCCGAUAGACCUGGCAGGAGGGGCUGGUGGCGGCGGCGACGACUCCAGGUGA